GCUCGGCUCUCCCUGCUCCGUCUUUGGCAGCAGCUCGGCUCUCCCCCGGCUCGGCUCUCCCUGCUCCGUCUUUGGCAGCAGCUCGGCUCUCCCCCGGCUCGGCUCUCCCUGCUCCGUCUUUGGCAGCAGCUCGGCUCUCCCCCGGCUCGGCUCUCCCCGCUCCGUCUUCGGCACUAGGCCGGUGGCAGCUCGGCUCUCCCCCGGCUCGGCUCUCCCCGCUUCGGCGCCAGGCCGGCGGCGGCUCGGCUCUCCCCCGGCUCAGCUCUCCCCCAGCUUAGCUCUCCCUGCUCCGUCUUCGGCGCCAGGCCGGCGGCAGCUCGGCUUUCCCCGCUCCAUCUUUGGCGGCACGCCAGGGGCCGCUCUUUUUUUUUUUGCUUCCCUAGAGCUGGCCUUGGGGGUGUGCAAUCCAAAAAGUUUGGAGACCCCUGUGCUAGACAAAAAGUCAUGUCCUGAACAUAGACACUGGAUUUAUGGCAUAUUACAACGAUCUGUAACCCCCUCUUUUUGUCCUGUGACUGCUUGAAUGGGCCUUCAACUUGAGUGGGCCCUUACAAGAACGUAAGAACGGCCAUACUGGGUGAGACAAAAGGUCCAUCCAGGCCAGUAUCCUGUCUACCAACAGUGGCCAGUGCCAGGUGCCCCAGAGGGAGUGAACCUAACAGGUGCACGCCUUGCUCCCUGGCGUCCCCACUGCUUGCCCCUCCAGGGAGGAGCUGGGAGAAUGGCCGGUGCAGUCUGGGGUCGUGCCUAAGGGGUGAAAGGGGACGGGUUGAGCAGGACUCAUGGAUUCUCAGGACAUGGAAGGGGAGGAAACUCCAGCCAGCGUCUGCUCCGGGUAUCCUGCUCCCCGACUGGACAUCUCAAUAAAGGUUGAAAGGGAGGAUGAACCCCAGUUCCCAGAUGCCCUGGACUUCACUGCGGGAGUGGUCCCCCAGGGGUAUCCUGGCGCCAAACGUGACUUGGUAAAGACGGAAAGAAGUGAGCACAUGGAUGUCCUGGACUCUGCAAAGAGACAAAGUACCUGCAAGAACUCCACAGGUGACUGGCCUGCGAAAGCCGUUAAGGAAGAAGGGCCAGGAAAGGACCAUACUGAGGAGCUGGAGGCCCCCUGCGUGCUGGCAGGGAAGCCCUAUGAGAGCCCUCUGGCCCCUGGCCGCCAGCCAGGGAGUGGGCAGGACGCUCCUGCGGAGUGGACCAGGGCCCUUGGGAAGCGCAGCACCAGGGCCUCCCAGCCGAGGAGCCCCGUGGGGGAGCUGGCGUUGGCCUGCAGCGACUGCGGGUGGCGGUUUGGAGACGUGGCGUCCCUGGGCGAGCACGAGCAAAGCCACGCGGCGGAGCGCACCUUCAUCUGCACCGACUGCGGCAAGAGCUUUGGGCGGCACGCCACCCUGGUGGAGCACCAGCUCGGCCACGCGGCGGAGAGCGUCUUCGUCUGCUCCGACUGCGGCAAGAGCUUCACCCACAAGGCGGCGCUCACCGUGCACCAGCGCACCCACGUCCGCCGGCGCCCCUCCCGCUGCGCCCGGUGCGACGGCGCCUUCGGCUCCCACGCCGAGCUGGUGACCCACCAGCAGGCCCCCGCCGGGCCGGCCGCGGCCCUGCGGGCCCCGGAGGCGGAGAAGCCCUUCCCCUGCAUCGACUGCGGCGACAGCUUCCGCUCGCACCCCGCCCUGCUGAGCCACCAGCGCAUCCACGCCGAGGAGCGGCCCUACAAGUGCACCAAGUGCGGCAAGAGCUUCGGCUUCCACGCCGAGCUGGCGUCGCACCUGCUGUGCCACCCCGAGGAGCGCUGGUUCCCGUGCGGCAGCUGCGAGCGGCGCUUCAGCUCCAAGACCGACCUGAUCCUGCACGAGCGCACCCACCCCGAGUCCACGUGGUGCCUGUGCACAGACUGCGGCAAGGUCUUCGCCGGCCGGGCCGACCUCGGCCGGCACCAGGCCAGCCACGCUGCCAGCGUGCACGCCUGCCCCGAGUGCGGCAAGGCCUUCGGCUCCCGCACCGACCUCAUCGCGCACCAGCGCUCGCACGCCGAGCGGCUCGUCUCCUGCAACAAGUGCGGCAAGGCCUUCGGCUCCCGCGCCGAGCUCCUGGUUCACCAGCGCGGGCACGGCGAGAGCCGCUCCUUCACCUGCACCCAGUGCGGCAAGGCCUUCGGCUCCCGCACCGACCUCAUCGCGCACCAGCGCUCGCACGCCGAGCGGCUCGUCUACUGCAACAAGUGCGGCAAGAGCUUCGGCUCCCGCGCCGAGCUCCUGGUUCACCAGCGCGGGCACGGCGAGAGCCGCUCCUUCACCUGCACCCAGUGCGGCAAGGCCUUCGGCUCCCGCACCGACCUCAUCAUGCACCAGCGCACCCACCGCGACCGCCAGUCCUACUCGUGCGCCGAGUGCGGCCGCGUCUACAGCAACCAGUCCUACCUGGUGGCCCACCGCCGCGUCCACACCGGGGAGAAGCCGUACACGUGUGCCGAGUGCGGGCGCAGCUUCAGCCACAAGUACCACCUGGGCAGGCACCAGCGGACACACGCAGGGGGCACCCCGCCCGUGUACUGAGCCCCAGGGCCCUUGCCACCUGCACCGGGGGGGCGCGGGGAGGAGGAGGGAAGGGCAGUUGCGCAGCAUUUCAAGAGAGGCUGGUCUCAAAUCCACAAGAACGCUCGUUGCACCAGUGAAACGCCUGUGACACAGGGCUGGGUGGCACUAAGGGGGAGAGGCUUCUCGGACAUGCCACUGCUGACCACCCCCACGCCUCUCCCCCUGCAAGAACCCCAGUGUCACCUGAAAUGUCCUUGCAGGGAGGGAAAUCUCACCCCGGAAUGACACCUGCUUCCUGACAGGUUAUCACGAGCACGACAGAAUCGGAGUAAGAGCUAGAGAGAACUGGACAUGCUACAAAGCCAUAGGAAAUUUGGGCAAACGCUGUUAAACUACGUGUGGUGGGGGUCAAGGGGCAAAAACUGACGGAGCUGGUUCUUGUUACCCUUCAGCAGCGAGAUUUCUCUCCUGUGUCCCCUUUUCGCCUUCCCCUCUUUCCCCUGCCAAUGAGGAAUUAAACGAACAUAAGAAAAGCCACCGCCAUCACUAGUCUCACUAAAUUCAUGCACAUGCUACGUGAAGGGGCUAACUAAUCCCAUAUCCAGAACUGUGAGACUAUGCUAGGGUGAGGUCCUUUAGCUUGGCGGAUCAGUUCUGCAAAACUGCUGCAAAGUCAUCCCCUGCCCUAGCGUUUAGGGGACCAAAACAAGUACAAAUGGCACUGAGCCAGCUGGUUUGAGCCCUUCGCACCCUGAAGGAACGAGCAGCCAAGUUAGCUACGGACAAUGGGCUGUAUCCUCAACUGUUGUUAAUGGUACCGCUUGGCUGAAGCCAAGAGAGCUGGGCCAGUAGCCAAGUGUCUGGCCCAAAGUUAAGGGGGAUGUGAUAUAUUCCAGUGUCUAAGGGAAAGCCUUCACAACAAUAUGCGGGUGCUGUCAUAGAAUCAUAGAAUAUCAGGGUUGGAAGAGACCUCAGGAGGUCAUCUAGUCCAACCCCCUGCUCAAAGCAGGACCAACUCCACCUAAAUCAUCCCAGCCAGGGCUUUGUCAAGCCAGGCCUUAAAAACCUCAAAGGAAGGAGAUUCCACCACCGCCCUAGGGAACCCAUUCCAGUGCUUCACCACCCUCCUCGUGAAAAAGUUUUCCUAAUAUCCAACCUAAACCUCCCCCACUGCAACUUGAGACCAUUGCUCCUCUUUCUGUCAUCUGCUACCACUGAGAACAGUGGAGCUCCAGCCUCUUUGGAGCCCCUCCUCAGGUAGUUGAAAGCAGCUAUCAAAUCCUCCCUCGCUCUUCUCUUCUGCAGACUAAACAAUCCCAGUUCCCUCAGCCUCUCCGCGUAAGUCAUGUGCCCCAGCCCCCUGAUCAUUUUUGUUGCCCUCUGCUGGACUCUCUCCAAUUUGUCCACAUCCUUUCUGUAGUAAGAGCCCCAGAACUGGAUGCAAUACUCCAGGUUUGGCCCCACCAGUGCCGAAUGGAGGGGAAUGAUCACGUCCCUCAGUUUGCUGGCAAUGCUCCUACUAAUGCAGCCCGAUAUGCCGUUAGCCACCUUCUUUAAGGCCUCCCCCCGUUGUCUCAGCUGGGGCCUGUUUCAAAUCCAUGUCUGUGUCCUGGUUUCCGCACCACUGAGCCUGCCUGGAGGGGAGAGGAGAGGUGCCCCCUCCUUCCACAAGGCUGGGGGUAGCACGCAGGCUCUGGCCCUGGGGUGUUCCCUGUACGAUAAAUGCACGUGUCCAGGCAAGUGUGCAAAGCAGUGAAACCCGCCUCUAGGAACCAGCCAAUGAAAGCAAAGCAAGAGCAUCCCAGGAAGCCGGUCACCAGCCCAUGGCAUGGAGGCGAUGCAGCUGCCCUCAUCUCUGACACACGUUUGAUCCCUGGAGACAAGCAAGCCCAGCAGGCCCUUCUCUAGCUUGAUGUGCGUACGAAGGCUAAAUAGAGUGUUGCAUGCUGGGACCUCUCUCCAUGGGCUGAACCCUUCCAUAGGCAUGAUGAGGCUGGCUGAGGGCUGCACUGUAGAACUCUGCAGCUGGCUACUUGGCCGUGUUUUGGCCACCCCUUUCCACUGAAAUCCAGUCGGCUGAACUGGGUGGAAAUAUGCCUAAAUUUAGCACAUUGGGAAGGAACCAUAAUGAUGCUUGAUAAGAGGUGAGAGUGCUUCAGAGUUGCCACUUCCAUGUAGGAGAGGGCCUGUCUGCAAUGUGGGUAGACUCUCUCUCUCUCCAUGUGUCCUAUGAUAUAGGCCUGGCUGUUCGUUUAAUUCAAAGCAUUAGAACAUCACAGGCGACCAGUUCAAUGAAGCUCAGAGUUCCCAUCCUCUCCACGCUGUUGGAUUUCCUUUGUUCACCUCAGUCUGCCAAGAGCUGGUAUUUUCACUAGCUCCGGGCUGAUGUGCACACUUUAAACCACAUAUUUCGGGGGGAAAUUGCUCUGUAAAUAUGUGAUCCUAGCGGAGAAUUCCAGCUCUCCUCGGUCAUUUCUGUGUCUGAAGCACUUUGGAUUCUCUGUGGCGCCCAACAGACGUGGCACUUGCUCUUGCUUCGUUUCUAAAUUUACUUCCUGUUCCAGGGGCUCCUCCUGCCUUAGCUCAGAGACCAGGUCAGCGCACUAGUUGUUCCUUGGUGGUGUGGAGCUUCCUUUGGAGGGUUUGGCCCUGGUAGGCAGAGGAUGAAGACGGUUGAGAGGGGUUGCGUAUUUAUUCACAAGCAUUUUAAAGAAACAAAAUCUAAACUGUCGUAGUUCAAUAGUACAUAGAAGUUCCAUGUCCAGUACGUCCGGUAAGAAUGAUCUGUGUUCGUGUGCGUGAACGUAUCACCUGGGGAGCAUUGGGUCAAAAUCCACUGCUUUGUGAUUGUAGAGGGAAUUCCCCAGAAAGCAGAACUUGGUGCCCAGUGACCCGGUUCAAAGCCACUCCUUGGUGUUCAAACUUCCACGCUCUGUUUCAACCCCAUAGAUCAGCUGGGGGGGGGGAAGGAAUCACAAAAGGCUUUGGUUCCUACCUGUGUGUUUCUCUCCCUUAAGACUUUUAAUAAAGUUAGUUGGUUUAA